AAGUCUAACCUGCAAUGUGCAAUUGCAUUGAAUUAAAAACAUCUGCUGCAUUAACAUUAGUUAAAUUUCUUUGCUUAAACCCAAAUAUGUAAGAUGAAUUUAGGUUGACUGGGACACUUUUUGCCUUUGAGAUGACUGAGAAAAGUGCCCAAAUCUCCCUGAAUUCAAUGUAAAUCAUAUGUAUAAUGUCAUUUUGAGUAAUUCUAGUUAAAAAAAAAUCUAAAACAUUUUCAUAACAUUGCAAAAAUGUGAAAGGAAGAGAAGCCAUUUACACAGUGAAAAGAAAGGGCCACUGGCCUAGUCGAGCUGAGAAUGACAUAUAAAGCGGUAACUGGCUAGCGGUAAAUGUUGAGGCAUGAUUCCUGCACAAGGUCUAAACAACUUGCAGUAUCAAACCAGUGGCAAACUGACACAAUUUAAAGUUUUUGUUCCCUAAAGUUACCAACUUUUAACUUUCAACAGUGCUUUGCUACCUCUUUUUUCACUAGCCACGUGAUAAUCACUUCUGCAUCUGCAGGAUGCACUGGUGUUGUAUCUGCAAAUGGAGAUAUGGUUAGAGCAUAAGACAAACUUCAGUUAGCCAUUUUCAAGUUAGCCAUUUCCCUUGACUCACUGAGCACAGAAACAUGCAGAUCUUUCACGUGACUUCUACGUUCCUUAUUACUACUGUUCUCUGCAGUCUGCUUUGGUCUUCUGCAGAGCCACGUGAUCUGUGAUUGCCUGUCUAAAAUGAUGCACCAGCGCUGCAUCUGCAAAGUGCAAAGUGCAAAGGAAGAUGUGGUUAGAGCAAGAGAUAAAGUUCAGGUAGCCAUUUUCAAGUUAGCCAUUUCCUCUGACUGACUGAGCACAGAAACAUGCAGAUCUUUCACCCGACUUCUGCGCCCCUUAUAAUGGCUGUUUUCUGCAGUCUGUUAUCAUCUUUAGUAGGGGGUCCCGUGGUUGUGAAAUACUCACGUGAACCGGUGACGAAGACUGAAGGCCAUUUUUUGUCUCUUAAGUGUUUGGUGCAGUAUGAGAUACAGAAUUGUGACAUUGUGAACAAUUGGUGGUACAUAAAGCCCGCUGAGGGGGAAGCUGCGCCUGAAACUGAGCCCAAGCUCAUCACAGAUCCAAACCAUUAUGUAAUCACUGUAAAUGAAACACAAAAAGAACAAAUGAGGCAAAGGAACAUUUUCCUCUCAUUUAAUUCCUUGAGCCUUAAAGACAGUGGAUACUACCAGUGUGAUGCCAAAUGUCUCAACAGUGGGACUGCAGCGAAAGGCCAUCUUGUGUACCUCAACGUCACAGCUGAUCCAUACAAAGGUCUGAAGGUCUCAACAUGGAGUGGCCAGUUAAAGGCAGACGCAGCUGUGCUAGCAUUCAGUGCCAUAUUAUUUUUAUGUUGUUAUUAAAUGACAUUGUGUUUUCAGCAUGAACCAACACAAGGUAUCAACGUCUAUAAUGGACCUAUAAUGCCUCUUUUCACAAGAUGUAAUAUAAGUCUCUGGUGUCCCCAAAAUGUGUCUGUAGCUUAAAAUGCCCCACAGAUAAUUUAUUAUAGCUUGUCAAAUUUGCUCCUAUUUUGGUGUGAGCAAAAACCCAGUAGGGCUGCAGUAGACAUUCAACCCCGCCCAUAUCAAAGUGUGACACCAGAAGCCACGUCCCAUGCCCAAUAUGUCACCUCGUGACUCCCCACUAAACCACUUCACCGACUUCAUGCAGCGCUGCACAGACCGAUCAGCAGCUUACUUGAAGCAGUGCAUGCCGGUUAUAAAUUUUGUCUGGCUUGAGACAGCGCCGACGGCACAUGACUGUGACGUAUGGCAUCAAAGUACUGCGAGAGCGAUUUGAGAGCAGUCGGCUGAGUCGGCCAGCACAGCUUCUCCAGAGCGGCUGCACGAGCUCUGAUGACGACACAGCUGUUUCAUGUGUUUUGUAUUUUUAUUCUGAAACCUUCAGUUCCACUAAUGCUCACAAAUCUGUAAAAGCUCUUUUCAUGUAGUUGCACUGUUAUAUUGUUUCAUGUUUAUCAAAAUAAAACUGAUAAAAACGUCUUUGGUACUUAAAUAGUAUAUGCUUAUGUUGAACUUUAUUCUUGUAAAACAGACACUGUAAGCAAUACGUAAAGUAUUGAAUGAAAAUGCAUCUGAAACAUCUGUGUAUUUGACAAAUAUUGCAUUUAUUUCACUUCAGCUUUGAUAAAGUAUGCUGAAGGGGUGGAUUCUGGAAUCCACAGCCGCUUCAAUAUAUAUCUUUUAAGUUAUUAAUCAACAUUUAUAUU